UAACCUCCUCCUUUAAUCAAUGAGAGGCGAUGGUGCUGUGGUGAUCGUGUCAUCGCGAACAAUAUCACCCUGACCUUCAAAUUUGUUCGAAAUCAUGUGAUUUUAACCGUCAAAUAUUGAUCAGUCUGAUAACUGUAUUAAUUUUGUUCAUCUAUAAUCAUCAUCCGAUUGCAAAAUGGCUGUUUCGGAGCAAUUUAUCUUUCUCCUUCUUGGCUUCAUAGUAUCGCCUUUCUUGUUCAUGCUGGCUGUCAUUAUUGUCCCCGCUUGCUUCGGCGUGUCCUUUGGCAUCAGGAGACUCUACAUCAGGACUCUGCUGAAAAUAUUUGAGUUUGGAAAGCAAAAAUUGGAAGUGGCCAUCAAGCACUCGGAGCCUCCAGAUGAAGUGAAAGAAGUUGAUCUCCCUGAAGAAACCCCUCAGACACGCCUUACAAAAAACGGGACCAGUUUAAUUCACAAGGACUCUCCCAGGCACCUGGCUGAUGGAAUCAAGGCUGAGGCUCAGGGACUGCGUUACAACAGGUCCUUUGAUACAUUCAGGAGAGAAUUUGAGCUUUCAGAUGUCUGCUAUUUCUGCAAGAAAGGUGUUGAGGCAAUCUGUGAUGAUGAAGUUACAAAAAGAUUCUCUGCUGAGGAAUUGGGUUCCUGGAACCUCUUGACCAGAACAAGUAUGAGAUACCAGUAUUUAAGUGUACGUCUGACAGUGCUCUGGUUUAUUGGCUGUGUCUUCCGCUACUGCUUCUUGCUCCCUCUCAGAUUGGCAGUCCUGUCCAUAGCUAUCACAUACUUGGUGGUGUCUGGAGCCUUCCUGGGGUACUUUCCAAAUUGGAAAAUCAAGAAAGUUCUGAACAAGUACAUCAGCUUGACUGUGUACAGGAUAGCAUGUAGGAGUUUCUCUGCUCUCAUCACCUAUCAUAACAAGGAUAAUCGAGCCAAGGGAGGAGGAAUCUGCGUGGCCAAUCACACCUCACCAAUAGAUGUCCUCAUAUUAUCAAGUGACAACUGCUAUGCUUUUAUUGGUCAGAAGCAUACCAAGUUCUUAGGCAUCAUCCAGCAAGCCAUGAGCUGGUCUGGGAUGGAUCACAUCUGGUUUGAGAGAUCAGAGAUGAGGGACAGGAAAAAUGUUACCCAAACGUUAAAAGAACAUGUAGAAGAUGCUUCCAAAAUGCCAAUGCUGAUUUUCCCAGAAGGAACAUGUAUCAACAACACAUCAGUUAUGAUGUUCAAGAAAGGCAGCUUUGAAAUCGGAGGCAGGAUAUACCCAGCUGCAAUAAAGUAUGAUCCUCGCUUCGGCGAUGCUUUCUGGAACAGCUCUCGAUACUCCAUGGUGCGCUACUUGCUGAUGAUGAUGACCAGUUGGGCGCUGGUUGUUGACGUUUGGUACCUACCGCCAAUGGAUAGAUUAGUGGACGAGUCUGCAGUUGACUUUGCUAACAGGGUAAAAGCAGCGAUAGCCAAGCAAGGAGGUUUACUUGACCUUGUCUGGGAUGGCCAGUUGAAGCGGAUGAGUGUAAAGCAGGAGUACCGAGAGAAGGAGCAGGAGGAGUACAGCAAGCUCCUCAAGGCAGAUUAGACCAGCAUCCCUCCCUAACACAGGUCCAGGACCGUAUUAUUGGACCUAAUGUGAGUCUGGUCCAGGACUUAUAAUUGAUCUUCUGCAAGUCUUGUCCAGGACUUAUAAAUGGUCUUCUGCUAGUCUGGUCCAGGACUUAUAAAUGGUCUUCUGCAAGUCUGAUCGAAGACUUAUUAUUGGUCUACCGUGAGUCUGGUCCGGGACUUAUCGUUAGUCAACUGUGGUUCUGUUCCAGGAAUUAUCAUUGGUCUACUGUGAGUCUAUUCUACUCUAAGUCUUUGGAUGGAGAGGUGCCUAUCCAUGAAUGUCUAGUUAAGUACAUUAUUUAAACUGGGAUUGGUUCUUAGACUAGUUGAACCGAGUCUGGUGAUAUACGCAUGUUUCCAUUGCUGAAAUCUUAAAAGCCAUCAACUCGUGUAGUUUAUGUCUGAUCUAGUAGUUUUUUUAAUUACUGCAUAAAUUCUCGGUAGGAACCUCUGUUCUUGGAUAGAGACACUGAUUACAUUUUUUUUUAAAGUUUGAGAUAUAAUGCCAUGGUUGUAAGGCAGGAUUUCUGAAUUUUGUCUGUAGUAUGUAAAAUUGUAGAAAGAUGAACUGAAUGAAUUUGGGGUUGAUUGGGUUGAGGGUAACGGGUAAAUUUAAGGAGAAUAAAAGUAAAAAAACAAUCAUUGUGCAUUUAAAAAAAAUAUAAGAUAUCAGUCAUUUGAAAUCACUAAGAAAAUCUCAGAUCUUGUGUUCAAUAUCAUAUGAACUAUGGCCCAACAGCUAAGAACUGGCAAGUUGCAACUCUAACAUCAGAGCAAAUGAGGCAAAUUUUGAUUUUUCUCUGAAUAGAUGUGAUUGAUAAAGAUGGCUCUUGGCAUGCCAUAAGAUUUCAGUUGAGUAAUCUACCGGAGUAAAUUACAAGUAUUCUACAUUAGCAUGUGCGGGCAAGUAUUAGAAAGCUUGAAAUACUUAAUGCUAGAAAGUACACAGCCCCUUUAAAAAAA